UUCGUCGCUUUUCUUUAAAAGUGAUAUUUUUCAGAUAUGUCUCGGGCGGUUUGUGCAAUUCUUAGGGAGAAUUCUGCGGCAGAUGGGGUUACAAAGAAUGUCAAAAUCGGCUGAGGGAGCUAUCACCAGUGGUUCAGUGUAUUUGUGUGUGUGUGUGUGAGAAAGAGAGAAAGAAAAGGACUGUUUAUUGUGCGAGUGAGUCCCGCUCUGUGCUGUAUGAACGGCAUUAUCCAACAAUCUGUUUAUUGGACAAUCAGCAGGCGGACCCGUUGUGAGACCCGCCUUUAUACACUUUUUUUGCCACAGAGUUCACUGAUUCUUAUUAUACGGCAUUAUUUGUUUGCCUAGGAGCGGUGCAGAUGCUGAUAUGAUCUGGCAAGCGGAGCAGUAAGGGUAGAUCGAGGUUAAAGUUUCGCUUCCCAACAUACUGCCUCCUGGCCUCGGCGAUGGUGCUUGAUCCAGCAGCUCAGGCUUUGGCUGGGCCUCAGAAGAGCAAGAGGACAGGCACAGCCAAAGUGCUCAAGAAAGCAGCCGAGCGAAAGAACGGCGAGAAGAACGGGGUCCAGUCACAGAGUAGCCCCGCUGGCCCGCAGGCAGAGGGGCCUGUACGGACUGCGCCGCAGACGUCCGGGACGCUCACUUGCAGUUUGAAGGUUAACCGGGUCCUCGGAGCAGGAUCGAGUCCUGUCGGUAAUGGACACUGCAGCUGGAUGAGGCGGAGCGAAAGCUCCUACAGUGUGAACAGCACAGGUUCCGAUUGCCCCAGGACCCGGAUCAGGAGCGCCAUGUCUCUCCCGCACAUAGCCAGGUAUAACGCUCGGGAGCCACCGCCUGUUAAAAGCCCCUGCCUCUUGGUGGCGCUGCGACCAACAAACGUUGACAAAGAGAAAGAGCUGUUCUUCCAGUCUAAGUAUGCUUACAAUCCUCAGUUUGAGUACUCUGAGCCCCUCAGCAGCAGCAUCAUGAGCAAGUACAGUGUGGCCUCUGACCGCUUCAUUGAACAGGCUGUGCGGAUCAUGAAGAGUGUGGUGAAGAUGUAUGGCAGCUACGAGAACUUCGAGGUGGCCACUGGGGGUGCAAUGCUGUCAAAGAGUAAAAUAUGGACCUGUAUCAGAAGUUACAUGAGGAAGGAGGGAUGCUCUGGAGAGGUCGUGGUGCGGCUCAGUGAAGACCUGCUGUCUCAGGCGGUGAUGAUGGUGGAGAACUGCCGGCCCACACUGACGAUUAACCUUGCAGGAGCACGUCAGUACUGGCUAGAGGGAAUGUUACGCCAUGAGAUAGGGACGCACUACAUCCGAGGCGUUAACAACAGCUACCAACCCUGGCACAGUGCAGCGGGCAGGAAGCUGUAUGGCCUGAAGCCAGCCAACCCGACAGAAGAAGGCCUUGCCAGCCUGAACAGUGUCCUGUACCGCAAGUACCCAUUCUUGUGGAGGGCUGCCCUGCUGUACUAUACCGUCUUCCAGGCCAGUCGGAUGCCCUUCUGUCAGCUCUUUGAAGACAUCGCCAAGUUUGUGGAGGAUCCAAACACUCGCUGGGAGUAUUGUGUGAGAGCCAAGAGAGGUCAAAUGGACACUUCUCAACCAGGUUGUUUCAGUAAAGACCAGGUGUACUUGGAUGGCGUGUUGCUCCUGCUUCGGUACAGAAAGACCAUUGACUUCAAGAUGCUGGCAGCACUUGGAAAGGUCUCCUUCGAAGACGUGGAGCAUUUGAAGAAGUGCGCCAUCCUCCAAAACACGCGCAUCCCGCACUUCAUGAGGGAUCAGGCCCGCUACCUGGAUCAGCUACACCACAUCACCGCAGUCAAUGGACUGACAGACGAGGAGUUGCUGCGGCUUAUCCCCAAGUAGAUGGUGCUGGUGAUGGAAGAGGGAGCCUCUCAAAAGGCUUUUUAUCCAGUCUGCUUUUCAAUGUACUGCUUCAUUGCAGUGCAUGUAAACACAUACAUACACACACACACACCCCCCAAAGGCACAGUGGCCUUAAAUUUUUGCGGUGAUGCCCUGGAGCAUCGAUGGACAUUUGUAUGAAAAAUUGUGGAACUGUUUCUAUUUGAAGCUAAAGCCUGGAGCUGCAGCUUCACCCUCUGACCUCUGUCCUUUGUGUGCCACGCAUUUCCUAUUUAAACUUGUAUUUAUUGUUUGCAAAGGUGCUGCUUUUAAAAAAAAAAUUUAAAUUCUUGCUAGA